GAACGAAGAACGUCGAGCUCAGUUGCACAGAGCACGUCAACGCGAUUGGUACUCGAUUUAGCCAAGAGCGGAGUGAACCCGAAAAUAAUAUCAAACAAAUACCCAUACAGCUAAAAGACACUGAAACCAAAACCAAAAAUCUAAACCUAAAUUACUCGUUGCCAAGUAGCAAAAGUAAAGACUAAAGACUGACAAAAUAUUUAUGAAGCAACCAAGAACGAGUGCAAAGAACUAAUUUAAGAACCGGAUUUGCCAAGAUCACCCACCAACAACAACUCGAAACAUACCGAAAACGAAGCCAAAAAUGUUUUAAAUGUUAUAACCAAAAAUCUGUUUGCACAAUUACUUAAUCACACCAAAGAAACAAAGCAACAAAGUAACAAAGCAACAAAUUAUAACCAAAGACUGCUACUAAAUUAAAAACCAUUUAAGCAAAAAGUGCAAUAACAAUUUUUGUUAUAUUGAUCAAACCAAAAAGAUUCGAAAAAGAAUAGAGGAAACCCGAAACCCGUUCCCACGAAAACGAGCAUCCAGAUAAAGUGUUAUUGUUUUACCUCCAUGCGAAUAGCCUGAUCCUUGAUCUUUUGUGCGAUCUCUCCUCGCUCUCAACUUGUGCGGGUGCAUUUGGUCCAAAAACACGGUCCAUCUAUCAAGGAUUACGAUUUUUGACAGGCGUGCCCACAUAAAUUUCUCCUAAACUCCUUGCCUAAUUAUAUUCGGGGCACGUUUCCAAUUCCGCCACCCGAGUGAUCCCAUUAUUGACUUGAGUCUCCAUAUCUUCUGCUGUUGUUCAUGUUAUUAUGAAGUUGGAACAGAAGCGUAAAUUUAUUGAAAUGGACCCCGAACUCUGUUUUGAGCCUCCAUCGGCGAAGCGCCAGCAGCGACUGCCCGCUUUGUACGGCAGCGACCAGAGCAACCUCUCGUCGGUGGCCUCCUCGGUGUACACCUCGCCCGUUGCCUCCGCCGAUGGCCAGAGCACCCAGGAGCUGCUCAGCAUACGCAGCUCGCCGGCCGAGGAGCUGCCGGAGGCGCCACACAGUCCGCUGCCGGACAGUCCGGACAGUCCGCCGAGUCCAGACCGCUGUGCCAAGCAGCCGCCCGUGGUGGUUCGCUACGAUGUGGAGCAGACAGUGACCACCACCAGCAGUACUACAAGCUCCUUGGUUAGAAAGCCAGAGGAAGAUGAUCUUUUGGACGACAGCUGCGAGGAUUUCUCCUACGACGAAGACGAAGAGGAUGACGAUGGCGAGGAGGAGGAGGUCGACGACGACGAGGAGAUCUACUCGUCCACCAUUUCGCCGGCCUCCUCGGGAUGCAGUCAGCAGCAGGCGGUGAAUGGGGAGCGAACUCCCGGCUUGCAACAGCAUCACCAGCAGCAGCCAAUUAAGGUGGGUGAGCUCAUGAUCAACAUGCCGGGUUCGCUGAAGGUCCACGAUGAUGCGGCUGCCUUCGACUGCAUGUCGCCGGCGCUGGAAAGCGUCCUGCCCCAGUGUCCACUGCCUGCUCUCUCGUGGGCCAAUGCCGCCGAUGUGUGGCGCCUGAUGUGCCAGCGGGAUGAGCAGGAUUCGCGCCUGCGAAGCAUCUCCAUGUUGGAUCAGCAUCCUGGCCUGCAGCCCCGCAUGCGCGCCAUCCUCCUGGACUGGUUGAUUGAGGUGUGCGAGGUGUACAAGCUGCACAGGGAGACCUUUUACCUGGCCGUCGACUAUCUGGAUCGCUAUCUGCAUGUGGCGCACAAGGUGCAGAAGACCCACUUGCAGUUGAUUGGCAUCACCUGUCUGUUUGUGGCCGCCAAGGUGGAGGAGAUCUAUCCGCCGAAGAUCGGUGAGUUCGCCUACGUGACGGAUGGCGCCUGCACCGAGCAGGAUAUCCUCAACCACGAGAAGAUCCUGCUGCAGGCGCUCGACUGGGACAUCAGUCCGAUCACCAUCACCGGCUGGCUGGGCGUCUACAUGCAGCUGAAUGUGAACAAUCGCACUCCGGCCUCGUUCGCACAGAUUGGCAAGCAGAAGGCCACGGAGGCGGACGAUGCCUUCAUCUAUCCGCAGUUCUCCGGAUUCGAGUUUGUGCAGACAUCGCAGCUGUUGGAUCUGUGCACCCUGGACGUCGGCAUGGCCAACUAUCCCUACUCCGUUCUGGCAGCGGCCGCCAUUAGUCAUACUUUCAGUCGCGAGGCCGCUUUGCGUUGUUCUGGCUUGGAUUGGCUGGUGAUUCAGCCGUGUGCCCGCUGGAUGGAACCCUUCUUCCGGGUCAUCUCCCAGAAGGCCACCUACCUGCAGCUGAACGAGCAGAACGAGCAGGUCAGCAACAAGUUCGGACUGGGCCACGUCUGUCCAAAUAUUGUCACCGACGACUCGCACAUCAUCCAAACGCACACCACAACUAUGGAUAUGUAUGACGAAGUGCUGAUGGCCCAGGAUGCGGCGCAUGCCAUGCGUGCCAGGAUUCAGGCUUCACCUGCCACCGCGCUGCGCGCUCCCGAAAGUCUGCUGACGCCGCCUGCCUCUAGUCACAAGCCGGAUGAUUACCUGGCCGAUGAGGGCGAUGAGACGGCGGCCAGGAGCGGCAUCAGCUCCACCACCACCUGCACCACCUCCAGUUGCAGCACCACCGUUAGCAGCAGCAGCAGCAGCAGCAGUAGCAGCAAUCCUGCGACAAUCUGCAGCAGCAGAAAUAAUAAUCGCUGAGAGAAAUAAUAGCCUCGAUUUUGGCCAUUAUCAUCUUACAACUCACCACACCCGCCCAAACAGUCUCUACGUUAAGUGUUUCUUAUAUUUAAAUUAUUUUUGUUAAGUGAAAAGUUAUUAGUUGCCUAAUUCCUAUGCUAAAAACAUAUUUAAUUUGAAAUUUUCCGCGCGCCUUUGUUUUUCAACUCGCGUUUCAUUUAUAUCCUCGCUCAGUUUAUUAUUUAACUCUGUGUAUUUAUAGUAAAUCAGAAAUAUAAUUUUAAAUGUAUACUAUCUAUAAACACACAAAAUCAUAUAUACCUAUAUAAAUACCUAGAGGAUAGCAGACAAGGCAAAACUGAAUUAACCAUUAGACUAAUACCUGCUGAAAGGAGCAAAACAAAAGCCAGCUUAAAGUGGAGUUAUACUUUCAUCGACUUUUUGUUGACACCUCAAAAAUGAAACACACACACAAGAAUACGUUCGCAAUCAAACAUGUCCAGCUGUCAACCAGUCAUUCAGUCAGUCAUGCAUUCAUUCAUUAUCAAUUACCGAGCGCAAGAUUAACACACUAAAACUGACGAAGAGCAGAGGGCAAAGCUAGUACUUGACUAAUCAACUAAAAUUAGGUCAUAAGUCGAGGGAAUCGCUACACUAAACCGACUAAUGCCGCAGCCAGCAUUUCAUUCGAUAACUAAUCCUACUAACAAUAAAUCAAAAAACAAAAAAAUUAAAAAACAAGACAACAAGUCCACAGCUGACAUGGAGUGACAAAGAAAAUGGCAACUGAAGAAUAAAUGAGUUAUACAAAUGAAUUGAGCGCCCAGAACGGACUAUAUCAACACAAAAUAAUUUAAACGUCAAUGUAAAAUUUUUUAAUUUAGACUAAUUUGCCAUAAUUUGCUAAGCAAAUAAAUCCUGUACAUAAAGCAAAAUACACACAAAUCGCACAAAAACAAAAAAUACCCGUAACUGAAACGCAUAUAAUAUAUUAUUAUAUAAGUGUACAAUUCUCUAUAUGGCUUAAAAAUGUUAUGUACAUUCAAAUGGCAAAAACGCAACGUAGAAAAAUAUUUUUAUUUGAUAGCUUAGGCAUAAUUAACAUGUAAGUGUUCAUACAAUUAAGGCUGGAAUGAAAACACAAAACCAACAAAAACAACAACUAAAAGAAAAGCAAACAAAAAAAUCUAAUGUAUUUAUGUUUUAUUUGUAGUUUUUAAACGCAAUAAUCAUUUUAAAAAAUAUGAAUUUGAUUUUAAAUAAUUUCACAAGUACGCUUAUAUUCAUGAUUUGAUGUCAAUAAAUAACCACAAAACCAGAAACUAUACAAAUCAAGUUGAAUUGAUGGAGUUAAUAAAUAUAUUUUUGUAAAUAAAACUGAA